UAAUAAUCCAUUAAUCCAUCUGAUAAUCUCCUCAUUUUAACAUAUGCAGAAUGAAACUGUGACCACAUCAAGUUCUGUGUGAUAAUUUUUUUUUGUAAUUACAGCCAUAACCCUACGUACCACUAAACAGUCUGUAUUUUACACUACAUCAACAAUAAACAAUAAAAAAAAUCUAUUUUUUUAAUGGGACCUAAAUAUUAUUAUUUUUUUGCAUCCUUUUGCCUUCUUUAGGUGCAUUUUGUCUCCAAACUAUAGCUAAAUAACCUUCCACACUCAGUUACAAGACAAAAGUCAAGGCAAAUAAUGAAUGCACAUAUGGGGUAUUAUCAACUCGUGCAAAAAGACCACAACAGUUGAGGAGCUCCAAACAUCCGGUGCAACUUGACGUCAUUAGGUUGGGUGACACAGGGUGCGAUGAUGAUGAUUCUCAAGUUCUGUUAUCGUGGUGGCACGUUGGGCGCCGCUGCUGGCUCAGGCUGCACACACACACACACACACACACACACAGUGAUUGACACAGUGAAGGGGUGGGGACGCAGGGUGGGGUCAGCAGCAGGGAGAGGCGGAGGAGAGACUCACAGCUCGAGCCCAACCCUGAAACAAGGCAACAAACGCACACUGAAAGACGACCGGGGCGACGGAAAGAGGGUUUAUUUCUCGACGCCGGGGAUAUGAUUUCUGUGAUCCAUCGAGGCAACGAGCGCAUCUUUCUCCUCUAAUACUGAGGUGGAAACACUGACAUCGAGCUCACUGUUAUUCAAAUAUCACCCCGCCCGAUCCGGUCGACCCCCCCUCCACUCCACCCCUUCACCGCCGCUUAGAUACCGAGAUGCACACGGAGACUCGGAACAAAAAACUCUGCAGGAGAGAUGAGCUGGCUUUCAGAAAGAGAGAAACUUCUUCCUUCCUGCUUGGGUGCUUCACAGGCAUUAAAUGGUUUGAGACAAGACCUUUCUUUUCGAGUACAAGAACUGGAGGCAAAGCAGUGAGCAUGUGUCAGACGAGUCCGAAGAAAUCCAGUGCAGCCACCUCUGAGCCUGUUGAGGAGAUGCCAUCCAUACAAAUCAAGCCGGAGCCAGAGGAGGUGGAGUGUAUGGUGAAAGAAGAGCCCUUAGACGAAUAUCCUGAGCCUACAAACCUCAAAAUCGAAUCCUCGCCCCCUCCGCUCCAUGACAUCAGCACACAACACAACACUGAUGACCAGACGGAACCCGUGGACCUGUCGCUUAACAAGCCCCGCCCUUUCCUUCCAGUAGCCACGGCAACCUCCUCCCCUGCAAACCCGCCUCCUCACAACAUCACGGCGAGCGCCACCAUCCCGGCGGUGCUGUCGCCGGGCUCCAUCCUGGCGUCCACGCAAGGGGUCGGAGGUCAGCAGAUCCUGCAUGUCAUCCACACCAUACCCUCCGUGAACAUGCCCAGUAAAAUGGGUCAGCUGCAGACCAUCCCUGUGGUGGUGCAGUCCUUACCGGUGGUCUACACAACCGUACCCACAGACGGAGUGGCUACCGCCGCCAUCACAGUGCCUCUCAUCGGAAGCGACGGGCGGUCGGAGGGAUCAGUGCGUAUAAAGCCAGGCUCAACCUCUCCAGUUGAGUAUCAGUCUGAAAGUGAUGCUGAAAGCGGCACAGAGUCUGGAUCGGCCUCUUUCAGCACUAAAGGGAUGGAACCCAGUAUGAAUACAGAUGUGGACAUCCAAGUUGACCCUGACUCACCAGACAUGAAGAGAAGGCGUGUACACAUGUGCGAUUAUGACGGCUGCAACAAAGUUUACACCAAGAGCUCGCAUCUGAAAGCCCAUCGCAGAAUACACACAGGUGAAAAGCCAUACCAGUGCACAUGGGAGGGCUGUACCUGGCGCUUUGCCCGCUCGGACGAGCUGACGAGGCACUUUCGCAAGCACACCGGCAUUAAACCUUUUCGCUGCACUGACUGCGAUCGCAGCUUCUCCCGCUCUGACCACCUGGCACUUCAUCGACGGCGCCACGUCAUGAUGUGAAACUCUUUGUGCCCCUUCCUCCCCAGCCAUCACAACUCUGACUGCUCCUCAGGAGACAGGCACGCCCAUCCAGGGGUUCCAAAUGCUAUUGACGUCACCUCCUCAAUCUCCAGAUGUGAACAGUUGUGUUAAAUAUGGAGGUAUAAGGGGUGGCACAACCAUAUUGGUUACCCCUACUGGUUAGAACAUGGCUGCAGUUUUCUGCCAUUCCUCCAGAAGCCACAAACCACCCGUCCACUGGUGACGUCCACCACCAUCUCAAUGCCUGAUCAUUUGCCAUUACUUGAAGGGACUACAAGAAAGGCAAACUGCACGAAGCACUGCUAUAACUAUAAAAGAGAAUGAUGACUGGGGAAGGUACCCCUUAUUGAGAUGAUUCUUUAAAAACAAGUACAAAAAAAUGAGAAAGUAAAGGAUUUUAUGCAAGAUGGAUGCAAGUUUGUGAGGAAAAAGUAGAAUUAUGUAAUAAAUUUGACCAUUUUAAUGAGAUGGGUGGGUUGGAGAUGCCUCAACAGCUGCCUUGUUGAAUUCUUACAUUUUAUCCAAACUUUUUGUUGUACUAAAUUUGUGUACUCAUGCUCUACAUUCAUUUUAGAGUCUGUACGUUUCUGUGUGGAUGGAAAUAGAGCUUUUGUAAAGAAAGCUGAAGAUGCCCUCUUUUAGUGUUUUUUUUUAUUUUUAUUUUUUUGAACAAAUCAGUUAGGUGUUUUUUCUGAUAUCUAUCCUAACCCAAAUGAGAAGUAGAUGCAUGGGGGCUGACAAGACUGUGAAUUUUAGUACAUUUUUUCUUGAUUAGUAUCUGUUGUCUAAUAAUCUACCCAAAAAUAGUUUGGCGCAAAAAACAGUAUUUGCUUUUUUUUUAAAGAUAUUUUCAUUGUAAUUAAUGACUUCUAACAGAAUUAACACCCAUCAAAAGGUGUUCUUUAUCUUUGUCUAACCUUCAGAUAUUAUUUCAUAAGGCUGUGAAAAAAGUUUGAAAAAGAGAAACGUCUCUAAAUUGGGAUUUGUGUGUGUGUGUGUUUGUAUGUGUGUGUAUCUGUGUAUAAGCACACUUGUUUGCAUAUUUGUAAAGAAAAAAUAAUUAGAGAUAUAAUAGUAGAGAUGUCUAGAUGCAUUCUUACUUUUAGCCAAACAGAGCCUUAAUUGAAGUAAAUGUGCAAAUCUGAUUUGCGCAGAAGGUUUUCGGAGGUCCUCAGGGUUCGGUACUAGGACCCCUAUUUUUCUGAGGCACCCUGAAAAUCCCAAUUUGCACCUAGUUCACAGUGACGAAACAUGUCUUAACAGCUCCUGCCCUGAUAUCCAUGUUAUGCAAAAAUACCCCCAAAAUGUCUACAUACUCCGCAAAAUGCUGUUGAUGUUACUUGACGUUAAUGUCAAGACAAUUUUGGGCACAGUCCAUUUAAAUUUUUGAGAAGGGGGUACCUUUGACACAUUUGCUUCCCUCUAGCUAGCACUCAUAGACAUGGUCAUGGUCAUAAUUUCAAUUGCUAGCAGCUGACUAAGUGCACAUUAAGACUUUUUUCAGAAGCAACGCUUUAUUCCACCCUUUAAGAGUUAAAUGCAUGUCUGCAGCAGCUGCACGACCUUCAGAGAGCAAUGCAUUUGUAGAUUUUGUAUUUUUCUCUCGCUUCAACCCGAGACGUUACUAAGCACAUCUUUCUAGAAGAGUAUAUGCAUUUGAUUGCGAUCCUUUCUUUAAAAAAAAAAACUGUCCAUAGACAUACAGACAAUGAAUAAUUAAAUAGUUAAUAUACAUAAUGUAUAUAAUCUACAAAGUUCUUGAAUAAAUGUAACGGGUGGAUUUCUAUUUUUAACACUGACUAGAUAAUGUGAAAUACUCGGUUUCGUUUUUUUUUUUUUUUUUUUUUGAAAUGUAAUUUUUUUUUUAUCCCUUGAAAUGAGUCCCUUUUGUGUUGUACACCCCAAAAGUGUUGCAUGGAGAAUAUAUAUAUAUAUAUAAUUUUUUUUUUUUUUUGGUGAAGUUGUUGAGCAUGUCAAAACAUUGUUGCCCUAAAAGAUGUGGCCUAUAAGCAAUGAUAAUCGACAUGAAAUCCACAAAAUGUGUGCAACCACAGCCAUUUGUAACACAUGCAUGGCCUAUUUCUAAUUACUACAAGACAUGCUGGUAAAACCUUCAUAUCAUCCUAAAUUGGCAUUCUAUUCCAUGUAGGCAUAACAUUAGGAGUUGGCCCCUUAUCAAUGUUUAAGUGCCCAUGACUGAAAUUUGUGACGUUCUUGUCUAUCUGAGCACAUUUGCAUUCAUUACUUGUAUCUGAUUUGUUUAAAAUAGUGUGCUACCUUUUGCUCCAAUUAUGAAAGGGUUUGGGUUUUGUGUGAGUGUAUGUGUGCAAGUUUGAUUAUCACUUUCACAAUCAUAGGUAUUUUAUAUUGAAUGCAGUAACUUAUGGGCCAGUACUAUAUUACACAGUGCAAUGCAGUUAUCAUUAUAACAAAACAAUUAAUUAAUGUUAUUUCUUUUGUAUUUGUACAGAACAAAUGUGUAAAGAUCAGAGAGGAAAAUGCUAGCUUUUUGAUACUGUGAGAAAUGGUGUUAAAAGUAAGUUUCCCCUGUACAGUUGUGAUUACCCACUCCUUUUAUAGAAUAAAAUGUUUUUAGUGCAA